UGUAUAUCAAGAUACAGUGUAUAACAGUUAGAUGUCAAUAUAAAUAGAUAUUGCCUAAUUGCCUUCUUUUCUUUUAAUGCUACUUGGUCAGGACCGAAGACAAAGGUCACUUUUCCAGCAACAAGUGCAAGAAGACAUUUUACAGCGUAUGCGGACAAAAUUUUACUUGAUUUCUCGGAAUGAAACUUUCGACUUUGAGUACCUCCUGGAUACUGCUAAACAGCAACUGGAUUUGGCCAUUACGGCAUCAAAUCAUCUCAACAUCCCAGAAGCUUUAAUUACAGGUCUACAGGAGCUAAUAAACAUAAUUAAUGUAAAUGUAAGUUCUGAAGAAAAUUCAACAACUGCAUCUGAUAUUGUAACCUGCACUUGGGGAAAUGUGGGGCGCCCCCAUUUGGAUAUCAGAAGAGAGGACCUUGAGGAACUCCUUCAUACUGCCCUCCCUGUAGAGCAUCUUUCUCGGAUUUGUGGCGUUUCCAGAAGAACAAUGAACAGAAGAUUGAAGGAACAUGCCCUGUCUGUCAGAGACUGCUAUUCCAACAUAUCAGAUGAAGAACUUGAUCAUGUUGUGAGAUCAAUAAAAAUAAGAAUGCCACAUGCUGGCUACAGACUAAUGAAAGGGAAGCUUUUGGCUAGAGGGCACCGGAUACAGUGGAACAGAAUGAAGGCAUCUAUGCAACGGGUGGAUGGAGCUGGAAUUUUGGCCAGAAUGGUUCAGCUUGGUUUUAUAGAUCGCAGAAGUUACUCUGUCCCUGCACCAUUGUCACUAGUUCAUGUGGACACCAACCAUAAGCUAAUCACAUUCAAUAUUGUGAUAUUUGGUGGCAUUGAUGGUUUCUCAAGAAAGAUCCUAUACCUUGAUGCUGCUGAAAACAACAAGGCAUCAACUGCUUUCUUAUUCUUCCUGGAGGGUGUUCACAAACAUGGGUGGCCUUCAAGAGUACGUGGUGACCAGGGAGUUAAAAUUGUGGACAUUGCGCGUUGCAUGUUCUCAGUACGAGGAACUGGUCGAGGUAGCUUUAUUGCCGGAAAAAGUGUUCACAAUCAAAGAAUUGAGCGCCUGUGGUGUGAUGUUUGGUCAGCGGUCACUUCAAAAUAUUAUGAAAUCCUGCAUGCAAUGGUAGAAGAUGGAGUGCUUGAUUUAUCAAAUGAAUUACACCUCUUUUGUGUGCACUACACAAUUCUUCCACGGCUGAAAUGUGACCUGAAGUGCUUCAUUGGGAGCUGGAACAACCAUCCUAUCAGAACCGAAAGAAAUCUUUCACCAAAUCAGCUUUGGUACAUAGGAAAGUUGCAGACACCAGUGACUGAGCCAGAUGUAGAGACAUUGGAGCAUUUGUGUCAACAGCAAACUGAUACUGACCCAGAAGAUGGUGUGGUGGUUCCAGAGAUCCAAUGCCCUUUAUCUGAACAGAGCCUUGCUCUUCUGCAGGGAUUAAUUGAUCCCUUGACAUCAUCUUUGAAUAACCAAGAGCUCUAUGUCCAGUCACUUGAUAUUAUUCAAAGACUGCUUUAUUUAACAAUUCACUUUUAACAAGGAAAACAUACCAAAACACAUGUAGCUCCAUCAGAAAUUGAAUUUACAAGAAUACACAUGUAAUGUUUAUGUAAAACUUACGUCAUAACAAUGUUUUGAAAUCUUAUA